AUGAGCACGAACGCUUCUGUGGUGUUAACUGAAUUCGUUCUUGUAGGCUUCUCCCGCCUGGCCCACGUCCAGGGCUUGCUCUUCUCUCUCUUUCUCACGGUCUACCUGCUCACCGUCACAGGCAACCUCCUCAUUGUGGUGCUGGUCUCAGCGGACCCUGCACUCCAGUCCCCCAUGUACUUCUUCCUCUGAAUCCUCUCGGCCCUGGAGAUUGGGUACAGGUCUUUCACGGUGCCCCUGCUGCUUUACCACCUCCUCACUGGUCAGCGCCACAUCCCCCGCUGGGGCUGUGCCCUCCAGAUGUUCUUUUUCCUCUUUUUUGGUGCCACCGAGUGUUGCCUCCUGGCGGCCAUGGCCUAUGACCGCUAUGCAGCCAUCUGUGAGCCCCUCCGCUACCCGCUGCUGCUGAGCCGCUGGGUGUGUCUGCAGUUCGCAGGCUCAGCUUGGGCCUGCGGAGCCAUGGUGGGGCUGGGCCACACCUCCUUCAUCUUCUCCUUGCCCUUCUGUGGCCCCAACGCCAUCCUUCACUUCUUUUGUGAGAUCCAGCCUGUCCUGCAGCUGGUGUGUGGAGACACCUCACUCAAUGAAUUGCAGAUUAUCCUGGCUGCUGCCCUCAUCAUCCUCUGCCCCUUUGGUCUCAUCUUGAGCUCCUAUGGGGGUAUCUUGGCUACUAUCUUCCGGAUCCCAUCUGCAGCUGGCCGCCACAAGGCCUUCUCCACUUGUUCCUCCCACCUGAUCGUGGUCUCCCUCUUCUACGGCACUGCCAUCUUUAUCUAUAUUCGCCCUAAGGCCAGCUAUGAUCCAGCCACUGACCCUCUGCUGUCUCUCUUCUAUGCUGUGAUCACCCCUAUCCUCAACCCUAUCAUCUAUAGCCUCAGGAACAGUGAUGUCAAGGCUGCCCUAAAGAGAACCAUCCAGAAAAUGGGGCCUGCAGAGGUUUGACAAGGAGAACCACAAUGAUGACUGCAGCUAGGACCCCUAGUCAAUCUCAAAACACUGAGGAGCAAAGGAAGGGGUAGAGCAGAGGAGGCAUGGGUCUCACUUAGGGGAGGACCACCCUGACAAGAAGACAGACUUAGCCUUGAAUAACUACUUGGAGUCAAGCCCCUGAAGAUCCCCUUGAUACUCACAUAAUCUAAACAAACAUGAAAUUCAAGAGAGAAGAUCAACUUUACAAGCAGAACAA